UGCUAACUAGUUAAGCUAAUAUAGCUAAUAUUUACUUGAAACAACUGUUAAGCUUGGAAUCUCAUUCUCACUGCAACCCUGUAAAUAAUGAACUUGAUGAAGCGCCUGCUAUUAUUAUAAACAGAACAACAAAGACUAAAAGUUACUUGCCUUGCUAUUAAUAAUAUCACACCCAGAGCUCCAACCAGCGUAUGGAUGGAUAUAAUUUUGCAUUGACACUCAGGCCGUUUCACCCUCGACGUCAUUUUUAACAACGACUGUCUGGGAUCACAGCCCUGCAGACGCUGCCCAGGCGCGUGAUUGGCGCUGCAAGAUCCUGCCCAAGUUCUUUUCUGAUUUGCUGAGAGGAUAAAACAACCCCCAGCGCGGCGGUAAGGCGACACAAGCCACAACCCUGUUUUUUGGGAUCCUUGCCUUCUGCCACUUUGUUCUCCAUUUUUCUCUUUUUUCGUUGAUUCCCCGAAAUCCUUUCUGCCACUGUGGUCCAAGAUUAUUGGUGGUUGAGAAGAGUCAAAACAGACCCACCUGGUCAUCGCGAUGGAUGGGGAAGAAAACAAACGGCCCCAAGCCUUCAAGUUUUAGGGCUCGAUGACGAUGGAAUCUGACUGCCCAGCGCCCAGUCGGCGCAUGCGACGCUGUAUUCUGCUGGUGGGGAAUCGCGAGAGCUAUCGUCGCUGUUCCGCUGUUCGUGAUUGCCCAGUAUGAAUGAAUAAUAUUUGCGCCGGCGCUGCUGCUGGCGCCUCACUAAAAAGGGACGGGCGACUGGCGGCGGACAACUCUCCACAUCAAAAAAGGGCUUGCUUGUUUGCCCGCCCAACAAACUUCAUGGCAAACUUGACGACAUCUCUCUCUCGCUCUCUCGCAUUCUCUGGCUGUCAGGAUACGGGGUUUAUAUUGACUAUCGACUCCUAAUUCCCCUGUUACUUUCUUUCUUUCUUCCUUUCCUUCUUUCUUGCUUGCUUGCUUGCUUGCUUGCUUGCUUGCUUGCUUGCUUUCCUCUUCCAUUCUAUACCACUAUGCCCCCCAGUCAAACACGGCUUUGAGAGUCGCUUCCUUGACCUCCAUUCUCCAGCCGCCAGCCAGUGAAAGAAACUUGUAUAUUCAUUCCCCCUUUCACUCCCUUUGUAUCAAUUGGCUUAUCCCUCAUUCCAUACAUAAAGUACAUACAUACAUAAUCUGCCCUUCCUGUAUUGUUAUUUUUCAUCCAUUUCCUGUCCCUAGAAUACGCCCUCUCCGGUCUGUGAAGUCGGGACUUCUCACACCUGAAUACCGGCCAAAUCGUGAAAUAUAACCCCUAAAACACAGUCUUCUUCGCCUCUCCCCGCCUGAGGUCACCCGUAUAUUGCUCGAGUAUCCAUAGUGUGCCUGCAGCUCGAAGUUCGUGGUGGAUUAUGAUUCUUCCCCUCCCUUAAAAAAAUGUCGUCCUCCAACAACAGCGACACCGUGGCCGUUGCGCUAGAUGCGCAGAGUGGCACUGGCCAGAAGACAGCGGGGAUGUCAAUCACAACCUUUAUGGCAUCCCUGGUUACCGCUAUCAUAGUCUUCGCAGUUGAAGUGUUCCUGUUUACGCUGCUUAAGGGAAAGCUGACGAGGAUAUACCAACCGCGAACAUAUCUGGUGCCAGAACGAGAACGUACCGACCCUUCCCCGCCGGGUCUUUUCCGGUGGAUUGCCCCUGUAUUCAAGACGUCCAAUUCAGAAUUCAUCCAAAAAUGUGGCCUGGAUGCCUACUUUUUCCUUCGUUACCUGCGAAUGCUCCUGAAGAUCUUUGUCCCACUUUCGUUCAUCAUUCUACCCUUGCUCAUACCCCUGAACAAAGUAGGAGGAAAGGAUACGCGCGCUAUUUCGGCCACGGACGAUACACGCUAUAAUGUAUCGGGAUUGGAUCAGCUGGCAUGGGGUAAUAUCGCACCGGAACAUGCAGAUCGCUACUGGGCCCAUCUGGUUCUGGCUGUUAUAGUCGUUGUUUACUCGUGUGCUGUUUUCUUCGACGAGCUUCGGGGCUAUAUCAGACUACGACAGGCAUAUUUGACAUCCCCUCAGCAUCGCCUGCGUGCAUCAGCUACUACUGUCUUGGUGACUGCCAUCCCACCCAAGUGGCUAUCCGUGGAUGCUCUUGAUCGUCUGUUCGAUGUAUUUCCUGGAGGUGUGCGCAAUAUAUGGAUAAACCGGAAUAUGGAUGAAUUGAGUGAGAAAGUGAAGUUACGCAACAAACUCGCUUUGGAGCUUGAGUCGGCAGAGACGGAACUAAUAAAGAAAUGCAAGAAGGCGCAACUUAAACAAGCCAAGGCUCAGGCUAAAAAAUCCGGCAAAAGCUCAGCGGAAAUGGAUCGUGAAAAGCUGGCCGCGGAACAGAGAGCUUCCCGUCUCGUUCGGGAACCUGGAGUCAGCUCGGGGGAUCCUCAUCAGGCUCAUACUAUUCGGGAGAUAUUGCAUGGCCGAAUGGAAGAAUCGAACACAGCACCAGAUGGACGUGGUAAUCGUUCUUUUAUCCCACUUGUCGGUGACGGGGUGGGGGCCGUGGGCUCCGGAGUAGCAAAGAUUGGGAAAACAGUCUUGGGCGGUUUCAGAAAGGCUGGUGACACCGUUGACGGCAGAUUUAAAACCACUGGUGGGUUUGAUGGUGAGGUAGGAAAAAGUACUGGAGGUACACAAAACGAUAGAGCUGCCGAUGACGCCAGCUCUGAAUUCAGACCUGAAAAGCCUGCUGUGGGUCUGACGAAAGCUGGAACCACUGUGGGCAACCGACGAGAGGAGGCCCAGCAACAGUGUGGAGUGAAUACCGAUUUCCCCCUUGAGGGGGACGGGGCUCGAUCCUCCGGAGAAACGUAUCUGGAAGGACCCCCUGCGAUGGAUGGCCCGGCUGACCAACCACCACGUCCAGCGAAGUUAAAUCUGUGGAAAAGCUCGAAACCAACAAACCCCAACCCCAAUCCUGACCGUCAUGACGACCGGUAUCCACUGACCCAGCCUUCCCCGGUCGCUCCGUCUACUAAGGAGAAGAAAAAGAAAAAAACUUGGCGAUUGAAAAAGCAUGCUCCUGCUAAGGAAGGCGACCAGGUUGCAGGCCAGGAGUACCCUAUGGCGUAUAACGAAGAGUUCGAGGAAGACGAUUAUGGCGACCCUCUGUGGAUGAAAUAUAUUAAGGAGAAGGAUCGUGAAACUAUGCGUCUACCUAUUUUUGGCUGGACAUGGAUGCCUUCUUUGCCCCUUCUUGGUAAGAAAGUCGAUAAGAUCUAUCACUGUCGCCAGGAAGUCGCCCGCUUAAACCUCGAAAUCGAAGUCGAUCAGCGGAACCCGGAGAAAUUUCCACUCAUGAACUCGGCUUUUGUACAAUUUAACCAUCAGGUGGCUGCACAUAUGGCAUGUCAAUCUGUGAGCCAUCAUAUCCCAAAACAAAUGGCUCCGCGUUUGGUAGAAAUAUCUCCUGACGACGUCAUUUGGGAUAAUAUGUCCAUCAAAUGGUGGGAGCGGUACUUGAGAACAUUCGGUGUGGUCAUUAUUGUUGUCGCUAUGGUUAUAGGCUGGGCUUUUCCAGUUGCUUUUACGGGUUUACUGUCUCAGCUUGCAUAUCUGGAAGGGAAGUUUCCCUGGCUACGAUGGAUUGCUUCAAUGCCCGACUGGUUGAUUUCAGCUGUCCAGGGUAUAUUGCCGCCACUAUUUCUUGCUAUCCUCAUGGCCCUGUUGCCGCUAAUUCUCCGAUUUCUAUCCCGGAACCAAGGCGUGCACACAGGGAUGGCUGUCGAGCUAACAGUGCAAAAUUAUUAUUUUGCAUUCUUGUUCGUUCAGAUAUUCCUUGUUGUCUCUAUUUCGUCCGGUUUCACAACGAUUUUCAAUUCCAUCACGGACGUGACAAGUAUUCCCCAGCUUCUGGCUGAGAAUAUUCCUCGGGCGAGUAACUAUUUCUUUUCCUACAUGGUACUUCAAGCGAUGUCUGUCAGCGCAGGUGCAUUGGUUCAGAUUUUUGCACUCGUUAGCUGGUUUAUACUAGCCCCGAUUUUAGACAACACUGCGAGAAUGAAGUGGGCGCGGACAACCAACCUUAACCAAAUGCAAUGGGGCACCUUCUUUCCGGUCUAUACAACGCUCGCGUCCAUAGGGCUUAUCUAUUGCGUCAUUUCUCCGCUUAUCAUGGUAUUCAAUGUACUCACAUUCGGACUCUUUUGGUUUGUAUAUCGGUACAACACGUUAUACGUCACGAAGUUCCGCUUCGACACGGGUGGUUUGCUUUUCCCGAAAGCCAUCAACCAACUUUUCACUGGCAUCUACGUCAUGGAAAUUUGCCUAAUUGGCAUGUUUUUUCUUGUUAGAGAUGCAGAGGGGAAUUUUGCCUGUGAAGGCCAGGCAAUCUGUAUGAUCGUCGUUGCCAUUCUGACAGUCGGCUUUCAAUACCUUCUUAACGAAGCAUUCAACCCGUUAUUCCGAUAUCUACCAAUAACGUUGGAGGAUGAAGCUAGUCGCCGAGAUGAAGAGUUUGCUCGUGCCCAACGACGGAAACUAGGCCUAGAAGAGGAGGACGAAGAGGAGAGCGAUGACGACGAGGACAGUGAAUUCAACCAUGGCGAAAGGCUAGACGAGCAGGGCGAUAUCAAACUUAACAGAAUCCAGGGCGGAAAGCAAAAGACAGGGAAAAUAACCCGUCAAGUCGGUAAACUUAUCCCCGGCAAAUCAAAGCGCAUUUCAUGGGCUGAUCGGUCCAAAAACAACCGCUCCAAAUUCUUUGGCGGGCGAUCCGACGCCACCGUCCCAACUAUAAAACGCAUGCGUGAGAAGCUAGCACAAGACGCUGAAUCCCAGGCCCCGCCUACCCACGCCAUUGGCCAAGCACUAUUCUCCGGCAUCCACGAUGAGCUGGAAGAUCUCACGCCGGACGAGCGCGACCAGCUUGUCCAGCGGGCUUUCCAGCACGAAGCGCUGCGCAUGAAACGACCCGUCAUCUGGAUCCCUCGGGAUGAUCUGGGAGUCAGUGAUGAUGAGGUGUUCCGAACGCAGCGGUUGAGCAAGCAUAUAUGGAUAAGUAAUGAGUAUCAAGCGCUGGACGGGCGGUGUCGGGCGAUUUUUAGUCGGAGUCCUCCCGAUUUCUCUGAGGUGGAUUUGAUUCAGCUCUGAGCUUGGAGGUGUCGUUUCGCUUCUGUGCAAUUUUUGGUGUAUCGGUCUUGUGUCCCUGUCUGAUCUAAGGUUUUCUUUUUUCUUUUGUUCUCUUUCUUUUUGGUGGGAUAAACCCCAUUGCAACGGCGUUUUUCGAGAGAUGGUACUCUCUCAAACUAAUGGAGAGUAGACAGAAAAGACCAGAAGCGAAAACAUAACCAAAAGGGAAGGGGAUGGCUUGUUUUCGAAUAUUUUUUUCCCCCAUUCUGACAGACGACGACGACGACAAUUACAAAGAACCAGAAAAAGGGAUGAAUUUGAUGGUUUCCACACGAACCUAUCUGCGCCUACUCUUUAUUGGACCCUGCUCCGCCAUACCUCCCCAAUCCUUCAACACAUAUUUAUACACACACACAGCAUCUGUAUCUAGACUGUUUAUCGUUUAGCCUCAUGGCGGGGAGUUGCCACCACCGCUUCCUGUAAAUAGAAUACAUACAUAGAUGGGCCGAUUCGAUCGAUGGGCCCCCUCCCCCCGGGGCGGCCAUGUCUACAGCAAUCAUGCUUGACCGCCGCUCUCUCUCUCGUUCUCCCCCUCUCUCUCGCUAUCUUGCUAGUCAGCUUUUACUCCUAAAUAUUUCACUCACCUUUUUUUUUUUUUUUUUUUUUUUUUUUUUCCUGUGAUCGUUUCGCUUCGUUGCUUUGAUGGUGGAGUUAGGUCCUUGAUCAUGCAGACAGGCAAGACAUGAAUGGACGGUAGUUCUUUUAUAAAUGCCAAUGAGGGAAGUAACAACGAGAACAACGGCAAUAAUAAGAAUAAUAAUAAUGUAAAACGAUACGUAUCAUAUCUUUCCUUCCUGUCCAGGUUUCGAUAUUAUCUAUGAUGCCAAGAGAGUGAGAUGGGGCCCUCUGAUUUUCU